GAAGGGGAGUGAUCUGUGGGGUGAUAUUCUCCAUUGAGUAACCCAAUCAUCUACUUACAAUGUCAGGACGCGGCAAACAAGGAGGCAAGGUUCGGGCUAAGGCCAAGACACGCUCAUCCCGGGCUGGUCUGCAGUUCCCAGUCGGUCGUGUUCACCGUCUGCUCAGGAAGGGUAACUAUGCCGAGCGGGUCGGCGCCGGAGCUCCAGUGUAUCUGGCUGCCGUCCUCGAGUAUCUCACGGCUGAGAUCCUUGAGCUGGCCGGCAACGCCGCCCGCGACAACAAGAAGACCCGCAUCAUCCCCCGUCACCUCCAGCUGGCUGUCCGCAACGACGAGGAGCUCAACAAGCUGCUGGGCGGCGUCACCAUUGCCCAAGGAGGAGUCCUGCCCAACAUCCAGGCCGUGCUGCUGCCCAAGAAGACCGAGAGCCACAAGGCCACCAAAUCCAAGUAAUCCCGAUCGCUUCAUUCCCCUCCCAUUACCCAACAAAACAAAGGCUCUUCUAAGAGCCACCCACCUCUCCAUACAAAGAGCCCGACACAUGUACAUUGUUUUUCUUUUUUCCUAUUCUCAGGUACACAAUUCACUCUAAAAAGCAAACAUGUUGUAUUCUAAACACUUCUCUACAAGUGACUAAUAAAGUAGGAAGA